GUCCGGAGUACCGACGAGCUACAUUCGCCAUCACCGCCUCACCGGCGCACCCGAAAUCGCACCCCCCGCCUUCCAUAGUCCUUCCUGGCCGCCACCACCCGCCAGCCAGUCUGCCCCCGUCCGCCCGUUACCAUCAAUUUCUAGGGUUUGUCUCGGCGGCGGCGGCGCGGCCCCCCCACUUCGGAUUCCUCGGGUAUCUUCCGCUCGUCGACGGCAGCUCCACGCACGCAAGGAGGGAUCUCCGCCCUCUUCUCCGGAGCUGGUCAAGAAGACGUGCCGUAGUAAGAGGUGAUAGCUCCAACCCGGACGAUGGAACCCUCUGGCAAACGUCCUGUUGGCGCCGACGACAGGCUAAGUGAUCUCCCUGAUGGCCUCCUUCACACUAUCAUGUCUUUCCUCACGGCCCGGGAGGCCGUGCAGAUGGGCUUGCUGUCGCGGAGGUGGGAGGGCCUCUGGUGCUCCAUGCCUUGCAUCAACAUCGACGAGCAGGAGUUCCUUCCAGAGACAGAGGGUUGGGAUACAGAAGAUGAGGACAACUGUCGUGCUAGGUUUGAGGAUUUCGUCAGCACCCUGCUGUUAUUUCACAGUGCACCAACACUGGAUGUGUUCCGGUUUAACGUUGUUCUUGUUCAGUUGAGCAACCGUGAACUUGUCGACCGGUGGUUACGCCGUGGAAUCAAACGCUGCCCCAAAGUGGUGGAGAUACGUUCAUUUUACCAUAAAUUGCCGCAUUUGGGUUCCAGUUCUUCGCGCCUCAAGAGGUUACAUCUUACAGCAGUUACUUUGGACGGAACUUUCACACAGCAGCUUCGUUCUGGCUGCCCUGUCCUGGAUGAUUUGGAGCUCAAGUUUUGCAGGUUUCACAAUAUUGCAGAAAUUGUUUCUUGCACACUCAAGAACUUGACAAUUCAGCACUGUAGACAUGACCUUCAUAACACACUGAUUAUCAAAGCGCCAUCUCUUGCUUAUUUACAGCUGGUCAUCGAUGGUAAUGGUAGUGAUCGUAACUGGGCUGGUGGUGUUGUAGUAAGCGACAUGCCAUUCCUCAUCAAAGCCAUCAUUUGCUUAAGAAAUUCGUACUCCAACAUACCGAAAGUGCCAUGCAAGCUUCUUUUCAGCCUGAUUAACGUGAAGUAUCUAGAACUGACUGGUUUUGACACACUGGCCAAUCUUCAUGUGGGGUCGUAUACUUUCCCGGUGUUUCAUAAUGUUAGAACCUUGAUGCUCCACGGAUGUGAUCUAAGUGACAACUUUGAGUUUCUGGGAUGCUUUCUAAGCAAUGCACCUGCUUUAGAGAAGCUUACUCUGCAAUGCUGCAUGCUUCCAGAAGGUGAGGUGAAAAUCAAAACUGGUGGAAAUCCAAAGUCAACGUCUCAAGAAUAUCAGGCCACACCAACUUUCCAGUGCCCAAGCCUGAAGUGGACUGAAAUCAAAUACAAGGAGGACGGUGAUGUUCAGAAAGUAUUUGACCUUUUGCUUGGCGUUUGGAGGAACCUCCAGAAGACUACCAUUGUGAUUAAGAAGGCUUGAAGAAAUUACUCCCAGCCCCUUUUGCAAUGCAUCUUAGUUUCUGGUCCUCCUGAAUGUAGCAUGCCUCUGAAAAUUUGUGUUCUACUUCUAUAUAUUUGCCAUUUGAUGGCAGGACCAAAUGAACAAGCAUGCACUGUCAACUAAUUUCUAGAUAUUUUAAUGGUGUGCCUCUU